UUUGCUUGCCGAGCUGUUUUCCAGGUGCACUAAAAUGCCCAGCUACACAGUGACUGUUGCCACAGGUACUCAGUGGUUUGCUGGAACAGAUGACUACAUUUACUUGACCCUGGUGGGAACUAAUGGAUGCAGUGAGAGAACCCUUUUGGACAAACCCCUCUAUAAUGACUUCGAAAGAGGAGCGGUGGACUCAUAUGACAUCAAUGAGGGAGAGGACCUGGGUGAAAUUCAGCUGAUAAAAAUUGAAAAGAAUAAAUACUGGAUGCACGAUGAUUGGUACUGCAGAUACAUCACGGUGAAGACGCCCUAUGGAGACCACAUCGAGUUCCCUUGCUUUUGCUGGCUAGUCGAUGACAAGGAGGUGAUCCUCAGAGAUGGCCGGGCUCGAUUGCCUCAGCAUGACAAGACCGGGCUGGCGAAACAGCAUAGACGCAAAGAGCUUGAGCAGAGACAAAAGACAUACAGAUGGAAAGAAUGGCACCCUGGCUUCCCAAUGAGCAUAGAUGCCAAAGCCCAUAGAGAGCUGCCACGGGACAUUCAGUUUGAUAGCGAGAAAGGAGUGGACUUUGUGCUCAACUACAGCAAAGCGAUAGAGAACCUUUGUGUAAACCAAUUUAUGCACAUGUUCCAGUCCUCUUGGGGUGACUUUGCAGAUUUUGAGCGAAUAUUUGUCAGAAUUAAGAACACAAUAUCAGAGUAUGUGAUGCAACAUUGGAAGGAAGACUUCAUGUUUGGGUACCAGUUUUUGAAUGGCUGCAAUCCUGUCAUGAUCAGAAAAUGCACAGAGAUACCAGAUAAGUUUCCAGUCACACACGAAAUUGUGGAGGACAGUCUGGAGAGAGGUCUUACUCUGGAGGAAGAGCUCAAGGAAGGAAACAUCUUUAUUGCUGACUAUGAGAUAUUAGAUGGGGUAACGGCAAAUGCUACAGACCCGUGCACACUUCAGUACUUGGCUGCACCCAUCUGUCUCCUGUACAAGAAUAUUCAGAACAAAAUCAUGCCAAUCGCCAUUCAGUUGGGUCAAACACCAGGGGAGGAAAACCCUAUCUUCCUCCCAAGUGAUGAAGAGCAUGACUGGUUGCUGGCCAAGAUUUGGGUGAGAUCUGCUGACUUCCACGUGCACCAGACAGUCACACAUCUUCUUAAGACACAUCUGAUAUCUGAGGUCUUUGGCAUAGCCAUGUUCAGACAACUGCCUGCAGUUCAUCCUGUUUUUAAGUUGCUUUUACCUCACGUCCGUUUCACCAUUGCCAUUAACACCAAGGCACGUGAGCAGCUUAUCUGUGAGUGUGGACUCUUUGACAAGGCCAAUGGUACAGGUGGAGGUGGCCAUGUAGAGAUGGUCCAGAAGGCCAUGAAGACCUUUACCUACAAGUCCCUUUGUUUCCCAGAGGAUAUCAAAGAACGAGGCAUGGACAGUCAGGAGGAGCUACCCUACUACUUUUACAGAGAUGAUGGCAACAGAGUCUGGGAGACUGUGAAAAAUUUUGUGUCAGAGGUAGUGGACGUCUAUUAUGACAAGGAUGAGACUAUUCAGGAGGAUGAAGAGGUCCAGGCAUUUGUUAAAGAUGUUUGCAGCUUCGGAAUGCAGGAUUUUGACUAUUGUGAGUUUCCCAAGACAUUGCACACCAAAGAGCAGCUAGUGGAGUAUCUAACUAUCAUUAUCUUCACUGCUUCUGCACAACAUGCUUCAGUAAACUUUGGUCAGUUUGACUGGUGUUCAUGGAUUCCCAAUUCCCCCCCAACCAUGCGGAAGCCUCCACCUACAAAGAAGGGUGAGAUAGAUCUGAAGUACAUUGUGGAGAGUCUGCCUGAUCGGGGACGAUCCUGCUGGCAUCUUGGAGCAGUGUGGGCCCUCAGUCAGUUUCAGGAAAAUGAGAUGUUCUUAGGCAUGUAUCCUGAUGAGCACUUCAUCGAAAAACCUGUGAAGGAGGCCAUGGUGAAAUUCCGCAAGAAACUUGCAGAAAUAACCAUAGUCAUCAAGACCCGAAAUGAAGGAAAAAAGCUGCCGUACUAUUAUCUGUCUCCUGACAAAAUCCCAAACAGUGUGGCUGUCUGAUUUUACAGUAACAGGUGAACAAGAGUAUUUUAUGAGUUAAAGUUGAUGUAUGUAUUUUGUCUUCGUUAAAAUACUUUCUUGUAUGCUAGCUUAAUAUGCAAAGACAACUAGAAGUAUGACAUUUGUAGGUUGACUUCAUUGAAAAUUGUGUGAUGUAAACACUGUAUGAUGUGGCGCUAUCAAAACGUUGCUGUGUUUGUUUGUGCAUCUCAACCAGUCAGUCACAGAAACACUGGCUCAACCAAUGGUAUGAGUUUGUGGUGAGACUACCUGAUUGCAGUUUUGGGGAGUAACAGAAUACAAGUAACGGAAUUACGUAUUUCAAAUUCAAAAUAUAAGUAACUGUAUUCCACAACAGUUACAAUUUAAAUCAUUGGUAAUUAGAAUACUGUUACACUCAAAAAUAUUUUGAUUACUAAAGAAAUUACUUUACAUUUAAUUGUCAUUCGAUUAAUUUAAUGUUUAGUCCUUUCAGAUGGAAAACAUUUAUACAUAUUAAUGAUGCGAUCAAAAGUGCAUUUGAACAGCGGUGAAACACUUUCUUAUGAUGUGUUACAUUCAUACGAGCUGACAGAGAAGUAAGUUUGAAGUAAGUUUGGGGCAGAAAAAAUAGAAAUAUACCUUGUGUAAAUUGUCAGAUUUACUCUAAGAUAAAAUGCUAUUUCUAGCCAUUUUACAUGCACAUGUUACCAGACACAAUCAUAUUUUUUAUCAAGAAAAUUCACAUUGGAUUAUAAUUUCUUUUUUCAAAGAAAUUAAGGUAAGACCUUUGAUAUUAGGGCAAAAAUCGCAUUCUUGAUAAUAAUUUUUGUAUUGUUUUCCUGUAAAAAUAAAAAUAAAAAUCCUUAAAAGAAGAUCAAUUUGAUUUAUCUUGUUUUAGAAACAACACUGCAUAAGAUAUUUAGGUUUUUCAGAGAAUGUAUUUUUAAUGUGUAUUUUGUCUUACUGUACUGGCAGAGUUUUUAUAGAGAAAACAAGUGAAAUAAUCUACCAGUGCUGAAGAAGUAAUCCAAAGUAUUUAGAAUAUGUUACUGACCUUGAGUAAUCUAAUGUAAUACAUUACAAAUGACAUUUUACAGCAUGUUUUCUGUAAUCUGUAGUGGAAUAUAUUUCAGAAGUAACCCUCCCAACCCUACCUGUUUGUCAGACCAAAGUAAGAAGGGAGUAGUCUCCAUGAAACCUGACCAAAGUCAUUAUUUAUGCUAAUGGUGCAUAAAUUAAACCUCUUCGCUUUUAAGUAGCUUAAUAAAAAAAGGAAAAGGUAGCACUUUUAUAUAUCAAGUAGCUGAGUUAGAGGAUUUUCAUAAUUUUGUGUAUUUACAUUUAUAUUACAAGUACUAAUCAGGAAAUAAUAUCUAAUUAUAAGGUUUUAAUUGAUGUUGUACCCCAAAAUGAUUUUAUACCUGCUUAUAUUAUAUUGAUGAGUGUAUUUUUUCCUUGUUUAUUUUACCCAAAUGUCAAAUAAACUCAGAUUUUUUUUUAUCAAAAA